AUGUUCCUUGGUCAUCCGUGUAAAAUAUAAAUUUUAAAUACCUACAAAAUAAUCUAUUCUUUGACUUGAUUUGAUUUAUUAUUUUGAAUUUACAUUCACAAGAAUUAGUGGACCUAAGGGAACUUAUCAACAUAUAAGAUUAAUUAGUCGGUUGCCUAUAUAUUUCUGCUGUUUGUUGUAACAUAUUUCUUAGUCAGAAUGACAAUGGGAGAUGAAUUGCCCGUCACUUCCUUGGUUUUGCCUGUUCUUAUACGUCCUGUACUUUCUCAGCUUGAGAAAUAUGAUUUGGGAGCCUCACAAACAUUACGGGCUGCUCUUACGAAGGCUGAAGCUGCAGUGCCAGGACUUAACUAUGACUUGGUGGCUGGCAUCAUGAGGAGAGCAGAUAUUCCUGUUAACAUGAAUGAAAGCUUGCUCCGGCUUCAAGGAACAUUGACUGAGGCAGAAUGUGCAGAUCUAAGAUUGAAUAGAUCAGAAGAAGCUUUUCAAGAAUUAAAUAAAAAAUCAUCUGCAUUGAAAAAGAUUCUAAGCAGAAUCCCUGAUGAGAUCACUGACAGAAAGACGUUCCUUGAGACUAUUAAGGAAAUAGCAUCAGCUAUUAAGAAAUUACUGGAUGCAGUGAAUGAGGUAUCAACAUACACUCCUGGUACUGGAAAGCAAGCGCUGGAGCAAAGAAAAAGGGAAUUUGUCAAAUAUUCAAAAAGGUUUUCCAACACACUAAAGGAGUACUUCAAAGAAGGACAAGCAAAUGCUGUAUUUGUGAGUGCACUCUACUUGAUUUACCAAACCAAUCAAAUAUUAUUCACUGUAAAAAAUAAAUCUGAAUGAAAAGUAUUAUUAUAUUAAAUGUUCCAUUAGAUAAAUAUGUAUAUUAGUAUAUUAUAAUAUAGUUGUAAAAGAUUUGAUUGUUAACAAAAAUGUUAUAUUCGUAGACUAAAAAUGGUAAUUGUGUGCAAUUUAUAAAGAUAUAAUACCAAUCUACUUAAAUGUUUUUGGUGACGGAAGUAAUAAAUAAUAUAUAUUUGCAACCUUAAGUACAUAAUAGAUAAAAAGGAAUCCAAGCUGUAAUAACGUGAAAUCUAUACCUGCAUAUUAUAUGUAUUAUUUUUAAAAUUUUAAUGGAAAUAAAAUCUGAAAGUAUUUAUAUUUUACAGGUUUUCUACAAAGCAAUGUUCUUUUUUCAGUGUCACUGUUAAGAAAUAUAUUUAAGGGGAAUUAAAGUUAUGUAAUUUUGUAUAUAUCUUAUAUGUUAUUACAUAGAUACAUAUAAAACAUAUUAUAUUGACGAGAAAGUUAUAAAUUUAAAAAACUAACUUUAGAUUUAGUUAGUCAUACAUAUUAUUUUAAUUUAGGAAAAAGAAAAUAUUAAAAAAAACGUGUUUUUAUAAACUAAUUUAAUAAUGACUAGUUAAGUAGGUACAUAUAAAUGGGCAAUGUCCAUAGCCAUACUAAAUCGUCGUAUUCAUUUCAUAAAUUUUCAUGUUUACCAUGCAAAAUGCUUUUUGCGCAUCAUAUUUGUUUGUUCUUUAACGUACAUAUUGCUAAAAUCUAUAUUAUUCUUUAAUAUAUAACUUUAAAUACAGUUCGUUUCACGCUUUGAUAGUUUGCCGCGAUUCACGUUAAUAGUAGGUACGUAUUAUGAACGUAAUACAAUACAGGCGACUGUCACCGUACCCAUGAUAUCUGAAAAACACUUGGGUAGUUUGUGUCGUGCCGUCUUACGCAUUGUUGUCUUUUUAAUACAAGUGUUUACACCUACCUCAAUUUUACAAUAUGAUUCUUAUAUCAAUCGGCAAUCCUAACACUUAAUAAAAAGUACCAAUAAAUCUGGAUAAUAUACUUUUAGCAGACUCAAUUACAAAAUUAAAAAAACUAAUGUCGAACAAAGGUUAUGAUAUGACACAACAUUUAUCAGAACAACUUAAUUAACAAAUCAAACUGUAACCAAAAUAAGACCCUAGAAUGGCAGAAAAUGACCUUUAGUGUCACGGACUUGUGAACGUUGUCUGUAGGGUUAAAGACGUCUUUGACAGUUAACCAACACUCUUCUUUUCCACUCAAGUCACUAUCCCCGCCUAUCCCAAGUAACCCAUAAAGAAUUACACAACAAGUAAUGUGGACGGCUCGAUUUCCACGUCUUAAAGUGAAGUCGACCGCACGACGAGCUCCUUCAUAUCACAAGUCGUUCCCGCCACUCUUACCACUCUUCCUCUUUCUUCGUCUCAGACUACUAUUUCCUACGAUACAUUAAUUAUAUUGCAAUAAAAUAUAUAAUACAAUAAAUAUUGCAUCCAUUUUUCAGAAUGGGCAUGGUUAUAUCUAUUUGUCUGUACCUACCUACCUAUUAUAACGUUUAAACUUAGAUUUUAGUUAUGGCACGUAAAUUUUAAUUUAGAAGCAAAAAUUAAAUAAAUUAUGUAACU